AUGACAUGGUAUUUUAUUCCUCCUUCAGUUCCUCUGGUUCUCGUGGGGGUUGUAUUGAUCGCUGUGAGUGGGAUCACAGGAGACCCCCUGUUCGACUGCCUCCAAGACACAGACUACAGCGAGCUCCUCAACAUCGUGAAUAAAGGCCUCCCCGCCACCAGGACGCCCCGUCACGUGGCAGUCAUCGGAGGAGGGAUCGCUGGACUCACCGCUGCAAAGUUUUUGGAAGAUGCUGGGCAUAAGGUCACCAUAAUAGAAGCAAGUGACCGCAUUGGAGGCCGUGUGGAGACGUUCAGGAACAGAAAAGAAGGCUGGUAUGCAGAAGUGGGAGCUAUGAGGAUUCCCAGCUUUCACAAGAUUCUGCUUUCUCUAGCCUCCAAAUUAAAAGUUGCCCUGAACCGCUUCAUCGAAGAUGAUAUCAACACAUACUAUCUGGUAAAUGGCGGCCUGCACAAAACCUACACUGUGGAAAACAACCCAGGUGUCCUCAACUACAGCUUGAAUGAAAGUGAGAGAGGGAAGACGGCCCCUCAACUCUUCAGUCAGACACUGUGGAAGGUGAGGGAGGACCUCAGGAUAAUGGGCUGCAGUGCCAUGCUGAAUAAAUAUGAUUCCUACACAGUGAAGGAAUAUCUGGUGAAGGAGGGCAAACUGAGUCGUGGUGCUGUGAGGAUGAUCGGAGACAUUCUGAAUGAAAACGGCCUCUUCUACACUUCACUGACAGAGACGCUCUACCUACAGUCAGACAUAAACGACAACAAUGAAUACUUUGAAGUGACAGACGGCUUUGACCACCUCCCGAGAGCCUUUUACCAGGUGUUAAAUUCCACCAUCCUUCUCAACUCCAAAGUCAAGCUGGUCGACCAAAGAGGAAGCAGCAGUGUAACUGUGACGUAUCAGGACUGGCGUAAUUCAGGCUCUCUAACCAACCUCACUGUAGAUUAUGCUCUGAUUACGGCCACAGCCAAAGCCGCGCUCUUCAUUCACUUCCAGCCCCCGCUCUCCGGGGACAAGAUGGAGGCCCUGCGUUCAGUUCACUAUGCCAGCUUAACCAAGGUGAUUCUCAGCUUCAGCGUGCGCUUCUGGGAGAAAGAGGGCAUCAGAGGAGGGAAGAGCAUCACAGACCGCGUCUCUCGCUUCAUCUACUACCCCAGCCACAGCUUCCCGGGUACAGACGCAGGGGCCCUUCUUGCAUCUUACACCUGCUCUGACGAUUCCACACUCUUCCAAGGGAUGAGUGAGGAGGAGCUGAUGGACGUGGUUCUGGACGACCUGGUCAUGAUCCACGGAGAGGCUAUCAGGAGUGUGUGGACGGGGGGGCUGGUGAAGAAAUGGGGCCUCGAUCCUUACAGUCUGGGAGCCUUUGCCCUGUUCACGCCUUACCAGCAGGGAGACUACGCGAGGGAACUGUUCCAGAGUGAGGGACGGGUGCACUUUGCAGGAGAACACACAGCCACACCUCAUGGGUGGAUCGAAACAGCCAUGAAGUCUGCACUCAGGGCAGCAAAAAACAUUAACAGUCUGACUCUGUAGUUUUAUUUGUGAUUUGUAUACAGUAUGUAACACUCCAAAACAUGAGCAAACAAUUGCUUGGGUUGUCAAAAUACCUGAUGAUUCUUUUUUAAUGAUUAAUUAAUCAUCAAAAUAAUUUAUAGAACAGCUGAGCUCCUGGUGGAGCACACGGUUAACUCUCAAUACCAGAGACCGUUAAGUCAUGUAAUUAAUUUGUCUACUUUAUUUAAUUUCGGCUGCUCCAUAUUUUACCCGUAUGUACGAGAAAAUGAAAUAUA